UGCAACACCCCUCGUCAGAGGCAGAGCGGAAGAAAUGAGUGUGUGUUAGUGAGUGUGUGAGAAAGAACGAAGAAAAAAGGGAGUGUGGGCAGACGUUGUGCCGGGAGAAAGAAAGCCAAGUUUGGAAGUGACAGAAAGCAGAAUUUUGCUUGAGUUUUUGAGACUUAGAAAGAGGCUCCAUUCAAAGUGAGCGGCGCGCGCCAGAUUCCCUCCCCAAUAUUGAGUGAUCGGAGCGGCUAAAUUAGAAGCGACCCUCUGCUCUGAUGAUCAUGACGGCAGCUGUCGAUAUGAAGCCGACGUUGACAAUCAUAAAGACUGAAAAAAUGGACGAUCCCGAGUGUGGAGAUGUUCCCCUGCUAACCCCCGGAAGUAAAGAGAUGAUGUCCCAAGCGCUAAAGGCUACUUUUAGUGGCUUCACCAAAGAACAACAGCGACUGGGUAUCCCCAAAGACCCCAGACAAUGGACGGAAAACCAUGUAGCAGCGUGGCUCACGUGGACUGUGAACGAGUUCAGUCUGAAGAACGUCGACUUUGACAGAUUCUGCAUGAAUGGCGGCAGCCUGUGCGCCAUGGGCAAGGAGCGCUUCCUAGACUUAGCACCUGACUUUGUGGGCGACAUCCUUUGGGAACAUUUAGAAAUGCUUCAAAAAGAAGACACAAAGCAUUACCCCAACAACGGACUGACCUCCAACUUCCAGGAAUCCCGUUAUACCUCAGACUACUUUGUCAGCUAUGGCGUCGAGCAUGCCCAGUGCGUUCCCCCCUCUGAAUACUCAGAGCCCAGCUUCAUCACAGAGUCGUACCAGACGCUUCACCCCAUCAGCUCAGAGGAAUUACUGACGCUCAAGUACGAGAGCGAAUACCCUGCAGUCAUCCUACGGGACGCACCCCUCAACCCCCUGCAGGGUGACUACUUCUCCGUCAAACAAGAGGUGGUAUCCCCUGACAACAUGUGUGUGGGACGUCUUAGCAGAGGUAAACUGGGUGGCCAGGACUCUUUUGAGAGUAUUGAGAGCUACGAAAGCUGUGACCGUCUGACGCAGUCCUGGAGCAGCCAGUCGUCGUUCAACAGUCUACAGCGGGUACCUUCGUAUGACAGCUUUGACUCGGAGGAUUACCCCACAGCGUUGCACGGCCACAAGCCCAAGGGCACCUUUAAAGACUAUGUGAGGGAACGCUCAGACCUCAGCAAAGACAAACCCGUCAUUCCAGCAGCGGCGCUUGCAGGAUACACAGGCACGGGUCCCAUUCAGCUGUGGCAGUUUCUCCUGGAGCUGCUGACCGAUAAGUCUUGCCAGUCCUUCAUCAGCUGGACAGGCGACGGCUGGGAGUUCAAGCUCUCCGACCCGGAUGAGGUUGCUCGCAGGUGGGGAAAGCGGAAAAACAAGCCCAAGAUGAACUAUGAGAAACUGAGCCGUGGUCUGCGCUACUACUACGAUAAGAACAUCAUCCACAAGACGUCGGGGAAGCGCUACGUGUACCGCUUUGUUUGUGACUUAAAAAGCUUGCUGGGUUACACUCCCGAGGAGCUGCACGCCAUGUUGGACGUAAAGCCAGACACGGACGAGUGAAAGUCGACAGAAACAUGGAAAAAGACUUUGAAGCCACGCGGACCGGCACUCAUUAAGUGGUCUUAACGAACCUUUAUUUGGGGGGAGGGGACAAAAACCUUUUUAACGACUAACUGGUUUUGUCAUCUUAGCGGUCUUGGAUGAGAAAACCAAAACCAAAAGCCUGUUAUAUAAAAAUUCGGUUGGUGUAUUUGCAGAUGUAGGUUCCACUAUGCUGGUGGAGUACAAGACAGGACCAAGACCAUUUUUUAAUUUUAUUUUUAUUUUUUUUCAGCUUGGACCAAAAAGUGUCAAGAUGAUAAGUAUUAUUUUAGUGAUGACGACAGCAGCCCAUCCAACCCCAUCAGCAGGCAUCUACUGUAUGUUGUGUAUCAACUACAAAGGUAAAUUAGUGGAAGCAAACGGCUCUCGAAGCCUUUCAGGAGAAGCAUGCUGAUGGGAUUGCGUGGGGUGAGAUCACUCAUAGCGUGUCUAUGAAAUGACUGAAAGUAGCAGUUGCUUAUGAAACUUUUUUUUUUCCAUGUGGUUUUUUGUCUAAGACAUAUUGCUGAAGUUUUUUUUUUUUUUUACAUAUACCAGCAGUAUUAGCAAACGGUAGACAAUCAUUGCGCGGAAUUCUAUGGUUGUUUCAAAGUAUGUAUAAAAAAAAUGUCGGUUCACUGAUUAGUCGUCUUAAAAGUCACAAGUGAAGUGUAGUUAAGGAAAGAAUGCUCCGAAUGUCUGAACGCAGAUCUCGGAUUGGAGUUUUAACUUUGUAAAGAGGUAGUAGAGAGAAAGAAAGCUGCAUGUGUUCGAUGGAGAGAAGAAGAGAGAAGGAAGUAAAUGUGCACUCACGAGAAUUUAGUUCGAAUUGUAUUAAAAGCUAAUCGCACUCCACAAGCAAGGGAUGGGCAUUUGAUGACAUUUUAUCAAGAAAUUAAACGCUAAAUUACUAUUUUUUUGUAAUUGUCAGGCGAGUAUGUACUGUGUAUGUAUAUCAUGUUUUCCUGUGUAGAAAUAUUAUUAAUGAUAAUGUAAAAUAUUUUAAAAAAAUUACAAUCAUGUGUCUCCAAUGUUUAAUAAUCAAUUUUGCUUCAAUUGCAUCAAGAUUCAAUUAAUCAACAACAAAUUGCACAGUCACCACUUAACGAUAAGUUAUUGUAAUGCCCAUCUCUAAAUUUGUUAUGGCAUCUGUGAUGUACUUUAUUAAGUUUGACUUUUCAAUCAAAUAUAGUUUUCUCCUCGAGUAGUAUUAGUAACAGAAAUUUCACUGGAUUACAGUGCAUUACUUUUGAUAGGAGAUCUAACUAAUUUCUCAUGAGAACAUGCUCAGGAAAUAUGUGUAUAGUCUGAGAGACAAUUUGAAGUUAGAGGGAGGUUAUGAUUCCAUCCAUGUAUGUUCGUGCAUUAAGGUUCACUGGUUCCAGAUGAGUUUGGCAAACGGGCUGUACACUGGCUUUAUGGGAAAUGCCAAAGUUGAGCAUCAUCUUAUGAAUACAAUGUUAUUGUUUACAGUAGCUGAAUGUUACCCAUAUUGAUGAAAAUAGCUUUGGAAAUGUCUAUUUGUGCAGAUUUGUGUUUCAUAAUGCGUCACAGCGAUCGGGAUUACGCAAAUAAGCACGCGACAAAGCCGGAAUAAUAACCAAAAGCCUUGUGAGGUCUUUGGAAGCCGUGCUUUGUGUAUGGACCCAAAAGUUGGGAAGAUGGGGACCGUGAUUCUCUCACCAUUUUGGAAAUGAAAUGGUGCGCCCGGCUUGAGAACAAAGGCAAUGUAUUAUUUAGCUUCUACGGGUCUCCCACUGACUGUUUCAAGUGAUUGUUUUAUUGGAAAGAUGUUUGUCUAGCCGUCAUUAUUCGUAGCACUCGCUCAUAAACACACAGCACCAAUUUGAACUUCAACUGUUUGGUUCUCAUCAGCUACACUGUUAUUGUUUUCCAUACAUGUUUAAAACACUGUUUUGUAUAUCAGCUCCCAUUUUAAGAAGAGGAACUUUGGCAUAGACAAUUUUUUUUUGCAAGAUGGAGUUGUCUUUUUCAGUUUCAUGUGCUGGGAGUAAACUUUCUGUUUAAAUUGUUGCAAUUAUUCCAGAGCAAUUUGUACUGUCACAGAUCUACUGUAUGUCAUAGUUUGUACAUAGUUUGUGGCUCACCCAUAUCUCCCCCAAAAAAGGAUUCAGAAGGAAAACCUUUUUUUUUUCAUGUUGUUUUUUGUAUAUUUUAUAGUAUUUUUGUUAUGAGAUCCUUUUUUUUAAUUGUAUUUAGUUCACAAAUAUUUUAAUAAUUUUUUCAAUAAUUUAUAUUUUAUAUAAAAUAAUUUUGCAGACAUCUGGUGCUUUCAUGGGAUAUUAAAGGUAUCACAGGAUUGAACAAUGUAGCGAUUUUCUUUCUUUUUUUCCCUCCCAUGGGUAUUUUCAUUUUUUUUUUUUGUUAAAUAAAAGAUAGCUCUGUCUGCUAGAGAAAAAGGCUGAUGCUGGCCCAUCAAUAAUUUCUGCUGGAAAGGUUUUAUAAACUGUAGCCUCUAUUUCUAAAGUGUACUUCAAAAAUGUUAUAAAAUAUAUGUGAACAAAUAA